GCCAUCUGUAAACGAGCGGGAAAGAAAAGUGUUUGAAGGCCGCCGGCCUGCCGGCCGGGCCGAGUAACUCGGGUCUCGAGCGAAUCAGUGUGCGAGUCUCUGCCAUUUGCGCGUCGGUACGCGGCUACGCGGCAGUAGUGAUACCAGAAUUCUACGUCUGCUUACCGGUGCGUAGAAAACGCAAGCCUUAUUAAGUGCGUUUUGUAUCUAAGUGCUUUAUCGAUCACACGAUUAAAUUAAUCAACAUGGCGGAUACAGAAACUAAAGACACCAAAGUUGCUACAACUCCAGAAAAGAAAGUAGUAGAAGAAGAAAAAAAAACAGUUCAAGAAGUUGACGAAGAUUCAAAAACAUCUGAAAAUGGAGAUGCCAAAGAAACCAAAGAAAAUGGCUCAAAUGAAGAAAAAGAGUCAGAAAAUAAAGAAGUAGAAUCAGCAGAAAAUGGGGAUUCUACAGAUGCAUCUGUUGAUAGCUGUUGUAUAAAAAGGAAAUCAACAACUUUAAGUGAAACUACAGAGGAUACUGCUACUGAUGGUGCCAGUCCUGAAAAGAAAAAAAAACUUGAUGAAAAAUGUGCUGAAACAGAAACCAAUGGAGAUGCAGAAGCUACGGCCUAAUGUUUUUUUAUGUUCUAUUGCAGAUUUAAUCUAUAGAUAAUUUUAACAGCUAAUUGACAAGUCAGGACAUUUAAAAUUUGUUAUCCAUGCAUCGUCAUGAUAGACGAGCAUUAAAAACAAAAAGUUUAAUAUUGUAUUAAUGACUUUUGUGUUCAGACAUUUAUGUGUGUUUAUUGCGACCAUUUUUAUGAUUUUAAUUGGCAAUCGUAUAUAUCUACAUCAUCAUAAAUUACCAUCUUAGAUUACUACCAUUCAUGUUUCCUAUGUUCUCCACAUUGAUGUCCGUACAUAAUAUACACUGUGCUAAAUUUAAAAAAAGAGAAACAUACAGAUAAUCUUAUAAAUAAUAUAUUUCUGAUACAUAAAAAUAGAUGAUGUGUGAUAUGGUGCUUGAAAAAGAUAUUUAUGGGAAAUAUUCCAUAAAUAAUUUUCAUUUUUUCUGAUACAUAAACAUAAUUAUAUAUUAAAAUUUCAUAUCAAUGAAAGAAAUAAUAUUUGUUUGCAAAUCAAAAUACAUUCCUAAAAUAAUUUAAAA